AUUUCAGUACUCUUGUUGUGCAGAGUACGCUGGAACCAACGGUUUGGGUUUGUAAUAUUAGAAAGUGUUGACUGUAGCCUGUCAAGCGGAUGGAUCGAUAACUAAAACAAAAACAUUAUACUGUCAUUCCCUAAAAGAUGUGAUCUCCCGUCCUAACAAGGGCCUUUGACAGCUGACAACACUAGGAAAUGCCCGAAGACAUUUAGAACCUGGUUAACUGACUUUUCAUGAUGCAGUAAAAUGAUGUUUAAACACUGAAGGAACCUCACAAGUGAUGGAUAAAAAUAGUUUCUUAAAGCUUAUAAGAUAAACAAACAGAUAUUACGUGAUUUGAAUACAAAAACACACUUUUCUCUGAAACUUUCUGCAAAAACAUGGACAAAUUCCUUAACUGAUGGAUUGAUUUGUGCUCAGCUACAGAUCUACAGAAGUUUUUCUGUGAAAUCUCAACACUUUGAGACCCAAAGGAGCCAUGUGGAACUUGUUUGUUCAAGUGAUAAUUGCUGGUGUUGUGAUAAAAGUUAGAGGGGAUAGGAACUGCAGUAUUGACCACAAUGGCUUUCCGAAUGACGCAUGUACGUUCGACCUGCGGAUGAGAGGGGCACAACCUGCUCAGUCUGACCAGUAUUACUGCACGGGUUAUCGGGUGACGGAGGAUAUCUUGGGUCACCCAGCCAACUCUACAGCGGAGGGGUACAUAGUGAAAUACGAAGCCCUGGCAGAUGCAAACACAGCCCACCACAUCCUUGUGUUUGGCUGCAAAUCUCUCAGGAAAGACAUCAACUCAUUCUGGCAGUGUGGAUAUGUGUGUGAGGGAGACCAGAUCAUAUUUGCCUGGGCAAAGAAUGCCCCACCCCUCACCCUGCCAAAAGAUGUUGGUCAGCAUAUCGGUCAUGGGACGAACAUCCAUUACAUUGUGAUACAGAUACAUUAUGCAGUUCCUUUACAAAGUCCAGAUACUUCAGGCAUAAGAUUGUUUAUCACAGAACAGAGACAGAAGUUCAUAUCUGGAAUAUAUUUGCUGCUGUCUUACGGGGUUACCAUACCAGAGCAGACAGAAAAGUUCCACAUUGACUCAUCCUGCAGAUUCAACUGGAGAGACAGCAUAGUGCCAUUUGGAUUCCGCACUCAUGCACACAGUCUAGGUCGAGUGAUAUCGGGCUAUCGUGUGAACAGUGGUGAAUAUGAUCUUAUUGGGAAGGGCAAUCCCCAAUGGCCACAGGCCUUCUAUCCAGUCAAAGGUGACAUUGCUAUCAACCCAGGAGACAUCUUGGCUGCGAGAUGUACAUAUAACUCCACAGGAAGAGGCAGGGCUACAUACAUUGGGUCUACAUCAGAAGAUGAGAUGUGCAAUUUUUACAUUAUGUACUAUAUGAAUGCCACACUGGAGAGCCAGCGCGGGGUUGACACAUGUGAGGGAAACACAGUCAGCUGGGUGUUCGACAACAUCCCCACAGACUCGGACACACCCCUGCCCUUCAACCCUGCCCUGGAGGAUGUGGCCAUGGGGCACCACCACCACCAUGCCAUGACAGGUGGUGGGGACAAGGAGGAGGGGAAACCAGCUGGGGGAUUGGAUAAAAUCUCUCCUCCGGGAAAUACCAUUGUGGCCCAGCCGGGUGGGAAGACUAAGGAUAUUGGUGUGGCAUUGGACCCAACCCUUGGGCUGGAGUUUGUGUCUGGGGUUGAGACGGUCACAGUAGGGCAGGUUGGAGGGCUCGCAAUCGGCAAAGAGGGGGAGCUGUUCGUCUUCCACCGUGGGGAAAACAUCUGGACCUCAUUCUCGUUUGAUAUGAGCAACAAAUACACUGAGAGAAAUCGUCCUAUAGAAGUAGAUACCAUACUUAUUCUCCACCGAAAUGGAUCACUCAAACACAGCUUUGGCAAAAACUGGUUUUACCUGCCCCAUGGGUUGACUGUAGACUCCCGAGGAAACAUUUGGGUAACAGACGUGGCCCUGCACCAAGUGUUCAGGAUCCCUGCGGGCCAGGAACCUGGCAAGGAGAAGGUGGACAUGACCCUUGGGGUCCAGUUUGAGCCUGGCUCGGACAAGGAGCACUUCUGUAAGCCCACAGAUGUGGCGGUACUCCAGAGUGGCGAGUUCUUUGUCGCUGAUGGGUAUUGCAACAGCCGGAUCAUGAAGUUUGACGAGAAUGGUUACUUUAUGCAGCAGUUUGGUAGUGCCAGCUAUAGGAGGGGAGGAGAUGGGUUUCCAGCCCCGGGAACAUUUAGUCUGCCCCACGGGCUUGCACUGGCAGAGGACAAAGGUCAGCUGUGUGUAGCAGACAGGGAGAACGGGCGUAUACAGUGCUUCGACCUGCAGGGGAAUUUUAUCAGGCAGAUACACCCCCCACAGUUUGGGGCUGCUCUGUACGCCUUGGAGUAUUGUCCCAACCAUGGUGGGCUGCUGUUUGCUGUGAAUGGCCCGAGCCUUGGAAGUGGAAGUCCAGCCACCCAGGGUUUCACAAUUGACAUCAACACAGGCAACCUUCUCUCCAUGUGGAACAGACCAGACACUGGCUUGUCCCAUCCCCACGAUGUGACGGUUGACACUCGUGACCAUGUGGUUUAUGUGGGGGAGCUGAAUCCCAGUAAGAUUUGGACAUUCAGGAUGGACUCGGCUCUCUAUGCAGCAAAUAAAACAGUCACAAACAGUGGUUCUCAGCUGCCCAGUGUAGUUGUGAAUGCAGGGUCAAGCACAGGGGUCAGUGGUCAGUAUGGUUCAAGUGAUCACUCGAGUGGUACCCUUGUACAGUCGAACAGUGGUCAGCAAGUGGACACUGCCAGUACGGGAACUAGCGACCCUGUUCUACCUGGUAGUGGAUCCAGUGUGAUCAGUGAAAAGGUCAAGGCUUCAGAUAGCAGCGAGGGGUUACAAUCCAACAUGGGCUCUGUUCUUGUAAAAACAGCUGAAAUAACAAACACAGAGGAGGACAUGGGGCCAUCCCUGAUUAUUGGUGCCCUCCUGGUGGUUCCAGUCGUGCUGCUUAUUGUGAUCACGGUCCUGGUGCGCCUCUAUCAUACAGGUCAACUCGACCGCUGCUGCAGACGUCGAGGGCGUAAGCCGAUAUUCAAUCUGGGCAACUUCCUCAACUCCCACAAGGGAUUCGACCCUCUGAGCACGGAGGAUGACGACCAUGACAUUGACAAUGCCCUCGAUGAUUCAGACAACGAGGAGUUCAGCAUCACCAGGAAGGCGUAGCAUGCAGAGGAUUGUUGCAUACAUGCCAAAUUAACAAUUUGCCGGGAGGGAAAGGUGGGGCACAAGUAUCAUUAUUCUUCAUUUUGAAUGCGUCAUCUACUAAAAAAUGGAGACUGCAUCAUUCCAUUUUGGGACUUUUUUUAUGAAUUCAGAAAUAAGCAGUAUGGUUGGUAAAUAAAAUAAUUCCAGAUAAAAUCAUAAUAGAACGUCUGUUUGGAUAAAGUAUUGAAUUAUAUAAGGGUGGUUUUCUACUAAAAAUAUCUCUAAGGCUAAGGAAGGAAACUGCAUAAUGUUAUGGGCAUGUAAAGGGCGUGUGGUAUGCAGGGUCAUAGGCAUCGAGAGUCAAUGGAAAAGUGGGAUGGACAGUGUUCCAUUCAGGGAAACUUAUUGCAGAGAUGUUGAUCUUUUAAAUGCUAGUUUCAUUUUGUUAUGAUUGCAUCAUAACAACAGCCAUAUUCAUUUAUUAUGUGAUGUUAAUUGAAUGUAAUUGAUAUUUUACGUCUGUUUUAGUUUGUUAUAUAUUGUUUUCUCAGAAAUUAAAUAUAUUAUUAUCUAAUAAAUUUAAGAUUUUUUUUAAUGUUGACAUUGCAGUAAUUAGGCUGUGUUAUACUGAUGGAUCUCCAUGACAAAAUAUACUUUUUACUUUUUAAUUGCUUUUAAAAUUUGAAAUCAUAAAGGUGAUGUUAACAUUACAAGGUAUUCUGUCAUUUAUUGUAUGAUCUAGUUCAUGGAAAACUUCUCGAAAUGGGAAUCACACAAAAUUCUGGCCUAGGGAAAGUUUAUCUUAUUAUAACAUUAUAACAUUUUAACUCAGUUUUGGUUUCAGGAAUCAAUACCAAAAAAAUUGUUUUACAACUGAUUUGAAAUUAAAGUACUUAUAAUGUAGUUAUAUUUUUGCAUGACCUAUCUCAUAAAAUAAAUAUCUCAUUUUGCAUUUAACUUUAAAGGAUAUGUUUACUGCUGCUUUAUUAAAAGUAGAACAGCCAGUAGGGAUAAUGUGGCAGUAUUUUGCACAUAAAACGAGACAUAAUUUGGAUGCUUUUUAAUGUAGCUUUAUUGUCUGUUAGACUUAAUAUUUUUUGGUCUCUGAAGAUUAUCCUUGUUUUUAGUCGAAUGGUUUCUCAAGUUCCAAAAACUACUAAUAUUUUGUUGUUGUUUUUUUUAGUUGGCAAUUUUUAUUUUUAAGUCCAAUUUUAACUACCUCAGAUCAUAGUAACAUAAAAGAAAUGUAAAAAAAUAAUUUUUUGUUAAUUUUCCUUUAUUAACAUGAGGUAUAUGUAGAAGACUUUUAUCAAAUGACAAUUUUGAGACCAAAAAGGAUAUUCAAUUACUUGCCUUUUUGCAAGCUUUUGCAUUGGAAUAAAUCUGCAUUUAUUGUCUGAAUAUAACUUGUAUGUAUUGAUGAUUAUGUAUAGAUUUUCUGUCAAACAAAGUCACAAGAUAUAUACAUUGCUAAAAUUAAUGUAAGUUCUGUUAUACAUGAUGUUGAUUUGCAACCAUACUACUAAAACUAAGAAUUACAGUGAAGAUAAGUGUAUAAAUUCAGAGUUACAAUUACAUUGUAAUGUAUAGAUCUACAAUUACAGUCUUCAUUGGCCACAGUCAGAUAAAAACUGAUUAAGUGUUCAUAUUAAGGUUGUACAUUUAAGAAACAUAUGCUUCAUAGGAUUUGAUAAAAUAUGUAACUUACUAAUUCCUGCUGUUUGCAAAUGAACUUAGCAUUUCAAGUUGUUAAAGAUUGUGGCCUUAAGUCUGCCCCAAACCAUCAAGAACAUUUUAAACAAGUACAACAUCUAUUUCUAGCACACCGGAUAGACAUUUUUGGUGAAAUUCAGCCAUGCUGGAAAACUAUCUGGCAUCCCCCAUGCUAGAUUAGUCACGCACUGUGACGCAAUAUUUUUUAUUUAUUUUAUUACAUAUUUUAAGUACUGUAAGCAUGAUUAUGAUAUUUCAAAAGAUGAUUUAACAUAAAACAAAACAAACUAACCCUUAAAAGACGUUAUAUUGAGGGUGCUUUAUGGAGUAUGCUGUCAAUAAAAAUUAUUGUGCGUCAUGACAUCAGUAAACAUCAUCACACACACUUUUUGGUUAAAUGUACAAAAAUGCAUUUUUGUAAGUCAUUUUUCACAAAAAUGUAAUUUAAGGCAUGCUAGAAAAAAUAUCAAUCAUUUGUGUCCGGUCCGGAUAGAAAAACUGACCCUUGGGCAUGCUGCGUAGCCGGUAACUCGGUAAGCCUCUUUACCUGGCAAUUAAUGCAGGUGCCCUCGGGUUGGAUUUUUCUAUCUGGACCAGAAACACAUGACAGAUAUUAUUAAGCUUGUAAAUUAACUUCAUACAUCAAAGUAACAGACUGGCGCCAUGGCUGCUUUGGCACACACUUAAUCGUAUUGUUGUGAAGAAAUGGAAUCCUACCCCAGCAAGGAAUGCAUCCAUACAUGUACAAUUUGCAUUCGUUGCAUUUGAACCAAUCAAAUAAAUCAUAGCUUUAAAUUACAAGGAUGAUGCUGUGGCAAAACUCUUUUAAGUGUUGAAACUGGCAGUGGGAAGACUGUGUUGGGUUGGCACAAUCUGACCAUCUCUUCAGUGCAAAAUGGUAUUGUGAACAACCUUACUAUUUAACUGACUGACAUGCAUGUUUCACUAAGUCUAUCUGCAAACAGUUGUAUGUUCUAUGUUCAUUGUUGUGAUUAAUUGAACUUUGAUUAAGGUAGACAAUGUAUGCAAAUGAAUUGAAAUUAUUUUCAUCAAUUAAAUCAUCGCAAUCGGCUUACAGACAUAAAUGCUUUAUUAAAACUGUGCUUUUAUUGCCACAUUUGGCAGCUGAUUUGAAAAAUAUGACAAUGAGGUGACAAUUAAACCUGUUCUGAUAGAUUCACAGGAUUUAAUGUUUCUUUAAUUGUCUGGAGUUUGUGUUGCCUCGCCUUGAUUUUGCUUGUAGACAAUACUGUAUUUAACUAACACUUCCCGGCUGGCAAGCACUUGGUUAAUGUUUAAUACCUAAAACUUGAUAUAUUUUGUAAUACUUUUAUCCUUGUUUUGAAGUGCUUCCUUUAAGGUUUCUAGUGUACAAAAAAGCUUGUUAAUUUAUUGAGCUAUUGGCAGUAAUGUUAUUUCUUCAUCAAAUAAAGAGUUGGUAUAUUGAAAGCGUAUAGCUAAAUACUGAUACUGUUACGGUAUCAUAAAUAUACAUUGUAGAUAAUGUUUUGGUAGUUUGUAUUUUUUAUUAUUUAAACUGCAAUUAUCUAUUUUGCAAUCUUUCUAGGCCAAGAUGAUAGAUUGAAAUUUAUUUUUUAAGUAUAUUUUUUAAAUAAUUUUUCUAUACGUGUCAAACCAUUUGAAAUGAUUCAAGAAUAGGACUGGUUCACCAGGCCUCCAAAUAUCACAUUACUGUACAUCAGAUACAUUCACUUUGACAAUUACAUUGUGAAGUUUUUCCAUCAAUCUUAAGUUUCUUUUAUUUCUCAGUUUCAUAUAAGUUCUCAUAAAUUGUGUGCCAGAUAAGGCUAUAAGAUCUCCCAAGUUCCCAAAGUAUAUUUUGGAAAAAGAAUAAAAAUUGUGUAAUAAUAAUUUACAAAUUCUUUAUGGCUAUGUUAGUUUUACAAUAAUUGUAAAGAAGGUAAUAUUAACUUAUACUAAGUCGCUUGUUGAGAAGUGAGUGCACUUUAACCAUUAAGCUAAAUACAAAAAAAAGCAUCAAAUUGUUAUUUCAUUGUUUGAAGCAGUGAAAUAUCAUCAUUUUAUCACUGAUAAAUUUCUAUAAACCACUGGAAAGCAUAUAAUAUCUUCUUCUUCUUUUUUGUUCAUUUGCUGGGCAAAGAUUUCAUCUUAAAAUAUUUAUCUAUUUAAUUACAGUUCACUUAAGUAUCUAAAUAUUGGAGUUUCUUUUUGUUUUUUUCUUAAUUGUCAUAUUUAUUUUGAUUAUUUAAUGAUACUAUUUAUGAAUUUUUAAAAGUGCUUCACAAAAUGAUACGCAAAUUGUUAUUGUUUAUUGUUGUGUUGUUAUGUGGAUAAGUGAUACCAUGUUGUGUUUGUGAUAUUUCAGAUUCACCUGUAAUCAGCAAUAUAUGCUUCAUACUUAUAAGUCUUUGAUAUUAAUGUUUUCAGAUUCUUUGUGUAGCAAGAAAAUUGUUUUUAAUCAUACAAGAGCGUGGUUAGAAGGUCUGAAUUAUUUUGUCAUUUUCAUCAUUGUUCAAUGUCUGAACAUAAGUUGAAAACAUUUGGAACUCCUGGGCCAUCUUCUAUCAAAAACAAUAUGUAUAUGGACGGUUUACAAUGUCAGAAAUCUAAACAUUUUAACUACGCGCAAGUAGAUUGUUUAGUAAUUUGUAUUUAGCAGUUAAACUUAAUGACUUAACUCAUCUGAAACUUGAUCAUGUUUGCAAUAAUACACUUCACUGGCAAUCAAUUUAAACUAAAAUAUACAAAUACACCUUAAAACAAUCCAUUUGAUUAAUAAUAUUAUUCAAAGUUCAAACAACUUCUACUGAUGUACCGACAUACAUCUGAGUUGGGUUUUUUUUUCAAAUAGAAAAUGGCCGAGGAGUUCCGAUUGAGUUGAAAAUCAUAGAUGUCAGCAGUUCCUAUGAAUAUUUCAGGUAAAAUUGUCAACAUGAUUAUAGCUUGAAAUUAACAAUAAAAGGUGUUAGACAUAAUCAGAAGUAUUUUUUCUCUCAUAUUUAAGAAGAUCUAUGGUUGGUUUUUAAUCACAAUUAUUAUUUAUAAUAGUCAAACUGCUCUAGUCACUAGAAAUUCUAGUACUUACUUUACGGUCACUUAAGAAAUAUUGCAUUUUAGAAAGAAGAAAAUGUUUGUGACUAUAAUAAUUGGUUGUUUAUGAAUGUUGUUGUAAAUUAUUUUCGAAUAAAAUGUUUUAUUUUA